GUCCAUUUGAAAGUGGUUGAGGUUGCAACAAUCACUUCGGGGUAUUGAUUCUUUUUCAGUACCUGCUUCAAUAAGCUGACCUACUUCUUGCACACUACAAACAUUGCAUUGAUGUGGCAAGAAUUUGUGCUCCGUAGCUUAGUGAUACUGUGAAAUCCCAAGGCAAAUUAGAAUUUGAAUUGAGUAACAUAAAUAAAAUUAACCAUACAGUUUAGAUUUGCAGAGAAGGAAUGAAGAAUGCCCACCAAACAUUUUUAAAUGCUCAACCUAUGGACUAGCUGGUGCAGUUAAUGGAAAAGGGAGUAAAAAAUGAGCAAAAAGUUCAGUCAAAUGGAAUAAGAAAUGUCCAAAUCACAGAGAUGAGAUAAAGAACUUGGAAAACAAUGAAAUUUCUCUGUUCUGAAAUGGGAUGCUGCGAAAACAUUAAACCCAAUUCUGGUAAUGAUGGCCAAGAGCCUGAAGAAGAUCAAUUGCAGAUGGUGUUCACUCCUCUGGACCAAGACAACGAAGACGAAGAGAACAAUUAUAGUCAGUCUAAGCUCCGAUAACUGCAGCAGAGAAAUUCUGCUAAGAUUGCUUGCUUCGGUGGCCAUGCCCGGUGACUAUGUGCUUGCUGUUCAUGUGCUAGAACCAAAUGAUACAUUUGACACAAACAGUUUCCAAAUCCAUGAAGAUCUCUGCAAAUCCAAGCAGGUAGAUUUCCAAGUUAAGGUCUGUGGAGGAGGUUGCUACAUUACUGAACUAGCCCAUCAAGUCCGAAUCAACUCUGCAACAAUUCUAGCAGUUGGAUGCAGCUCACCAUGGCCGAGGAAUUCCACUGUUGCCAAUUACUUGAAAGCAUUGCCUCCCACUUGCUCCCUUCUGGUAAUGGACAAUGUUGGAAGAAUCUUGAUGCAGAGGCAGGGAAGUUCCCAGGAAGGCUCUGCAAGUAGAGUCCUUCAAUAUUCUCAGUCCUGUGUAUCAAAUUAUAGAAACUUGGAACAAUUAGGAACUACCCGUCAGAUUCAAAAAUCAUUGACAAUGCCAUCUUCCUCAAAAUCACCAUCACUGCAACAAGCUGAAAAUUUGACAAGGCGGAGCCAUAGAAAGGCGUUGCAGAUUCCAGUCUGCAUGACACAUAAACUGUUUGAGAGAUUGACACAGAGAAGGCGCUUCACAUUAGAGGAACUUAGCUGUGCAACUAAUGAUUUUAGGCCUGAAAUGGUGAUCAGAGAAGGUGAGAACAGUAAGGUGUACCAGGCCAAGCUUGACAAUGGUCAGCUUGUAGCAGUGAAAGUACUCAAGAACACGGAGUCCUCAGCAGAGGACCUUUUUCAUGAAGUGGAAAUUUUAUGUAGUUUAGAACAUGAGAACAUUGUUCCGCUCAUUGGGUAUUGUUACUGUGAAGAGAUUCAUGCAAUCAUUUAUUAUCUACUAAAGGAAAGCUUGAAUCAAAGACUAAAAAGCCUUAGAUGGAAUGAGAGGAUGAGGAUAGCAAUUGGCGUGGCGAAGGCACUGAACUACCUCCACUCUCGCUCUCCUCCAAUCAUUCACAGAGAUGUGAAAUCAUCCAACAUUUUACUCUCCGAUAAUUCCCAACCACAAUUGUCAGGUUUUGGAACAGCAAUAGUACAUCAGCAACAAAAUCAGCAGGUUUCAGGGUAUGCAAAGCCAUUUCAUGUCGUUGGGACCUUCGGAUACUUGGCUCCAGAGUAUAUGAUGUAUGGAAAAAUUGACGAAAAAAUAGAUGUCUAUUCGUAUGGGGUUGUGCUUCUGGAGCUGAUAACUGGUAAAGAGGCUAUUCUGACAAACCAAGCAUCUAAUCAUGAAAGCUUAGUGCUCUCGGCAAGGUCUUUACUCAGCUGCAGCCUAUGCGAACGCCUAAUUGAUCCUUGUCUAAACAAAGACUAUGACAAGGAUGAAAUGAAAACGAUGAUGAUGGCUGCUCGCCUCUGCCUCUUGCAUUCAUCUUCUAGAAGGCCAUCUAUGAAAACUAUCCUGCAGUUAUUUGAGGAGCCAGAGCAAGGGCUAAAGAUGCAGAGGAAGAGAGAAGAGCUCCUCAAUGGGAUUAGUUCCAAAGGCGAACAAGCUUGUGCAGACAUGGGUAUCUAAUGCAAAAUGGAAAGCUCGGGCAAAAUUGUUCAUUCCUUCCAGACAACCUCCAGUAGCAUUGUAAACUCUCCGAGCUGGACAGCAUCCAAUUGGAGGAACACCUAUGAUGCCAAAUUUUCUAGCCCCAA